AUGGCUGACUACUUUAUCUGCCCUCCUAGGUGGGACAUGAGCCACUUCAAGAAGACAGGAGGAGUCCAGAGAGGCAGCUACACCAUCCACCCUGAGUUUAUCUCAGAGGCUUACUCUGCCCCGUGGCACUGGUGA